GCUGCGGCAGACUAUGUAAAGGCCCACCUUCCAGAGUCUCUGAGGCAGCAGCUGCUGUCCUAUGACAGGGAGAAGAGGGAGAGCGUUCUCUCCUACCCCAGCAUCCUGGAGCAGCGUAUCCUGGCCAUAGACCGAGACAUGGUGGAUAAGCUCUCCGCCAAUCACGAUGAAGCAGGUGAGGGACUGUAGAAGUGCUGAUUUAAGAUCAGUUGAGCCUUUUAGGUCCUAGAUCAGCACUCCUACUCUGAGACGUUUUAUGAAUACGAGCAUAGGUCUGACGGGUAAAAAAUGUGGCAAUAAUGUGGAGUGGUUAAGACAGUAGGUCAGAUACACUAUAUAUACAAAAGUAUGUGGACACCCCUUCAAAUUAGUGGAUUCGGCUUUUUCAGUCACAUCCGUUGCUGACAGGUGUAUAAAAUCAAGCACAUAGCCAUGCGAUCUCCAUAGACAAACAUUGGCAGUAGAAUGGCCUUACUGAAGAGCUCAGUGACUUUCAACGUGGCACUGUCGUAGGAUGCCACCUUUCCAACAAGUCAGUUCGUAAAAUGUCUGCCCUGCUAGAGCUGCCCCGGUCAACUCUAAGUGCUGUUAUUGUGAACUGGAAAUGUCUAGGAGCAACAACAGCUCAGCCGCGAAGUGGUAGGCCACACAAGCUCACAGAACGGGACCACCGAGUGCUGAAGCACGCAGCACGUAAAAAUUGUCUGUCCUCAUUUGCAACAGCUCUGCACUGCAGCAUACAUAGGCAGGCUAGCUAAAUAGGAUGACUAAAGACAGUACAGUAUGGGGAGCACAGAGAUUACUUUAAGGAAUGAAAAAUAAUAGUAUUCAAAUAAAGUAAUAUACACAGCUGACAAUUUUUAUUAUUUUAUAGUAAUAUUCUAUUUUUCUAUUGAUUUCUACCCAAUGUGGACCUGACCGAGAGAAUGGAAUAUUUUCAAUGUUUUGGCAAUUGAAUGCUCACUAUUUAGAAUUUCCAUUUAAAAGCUCUAAAAUCAUUGUAAUUUAAUGUUAAAAAAGUAAUCGAAACUGAAAUUGAAAACCGUGAAUAUUUUUUAAUAAUCUAACCGAAACUGAACCGACUUCAAAAAGCACUAAUCGCUCAGCACUACGCUCAGCACUACUCUCAGCACUACGCUCAGAACUACUCUCAGCACUACUCUCAGCACUACGCUCAGCACUACGCUCAGCACUACUCUCAGCACUACGCUCAGCACUACGCUCAGAACUACUCUCAGCACUACUCUCAGCACUACGCUCAGAACUACUCUCAGCACUAUGCUCAGCACUACGCUCAGCACUACUCUCAGCACUACGCUCAGCACUACUCUCAGCACUACGCUCAGAACUACUCUCAGCACUACUCUCAGCACUACGCUCAGCACUACUCUCAGCACUACGCUCAGAACUACUCUCAGCACUACUCCCCGUUUUACUCUUUUUUACAGCUGUUGAACACAACAAUGCUUAAGACAGGGUCAGAGUUGACAAAUCCAAAUCACUUUAUGCAUAAAAAAUAUAUAUAAAAAAUGUACAUGUAAAGCACUUUUUCGAUUUUUUACAGAUUUGGUCUGUAGAAAAGUAAAGCCGUAUACAUCAAAUGUAUAUUUAUUAUGGCGGAGGUGAAAUGUCUCCAUGGAGAUGACCUUUGGAAGAUCAAGACACAAAGUCAGUGUUAUUAUACGCCGGUACACAGAGCCACUUUGUUGCCCUGAGAUAUUUAUUGUCAGCCCUGAGAAAUGGAUUAGAUGCCUGUACUGGAAACAGUACCUUAUAAAUAACUGGAUUGUCAAUGGAGGAGGAUGACAUGAAAAGGUAGACCUUUGUCAGAUAAGUUAGUAGGGCCUUCACUCCUGUUACCUGGACUUUCAUAGCUGUGAUGGAAAUACAGCAUGGCUCUCAGUAUUUUGGUUGGUUAGCAGACCUUGGUACACUUGUGGUAUUCUGAGAAUGAGAAUCACAGGUGAAAAACAUGUGAACUUAAAGGUUCAUUACACUCAGAUGUUUUCAGACCUUCACAGUAGUCUAAUGUCAAUAUGAGCCCACGUCGCAGGCCAUCAGUUGUGUAGAUCAUCUAUGGUUUUGGAAUGUAAUUUCCCUUUAAAUUGAAAUAUCACCUCUGUCUCCCUCUCUCAGGUACUACAUGUCUGGUGGCCCUGCUAUCGGACAGGGAGCUGACGGUGGCCAACGUUGGGGACUCACGAGGCGUGUUGUGUGACAAGGACGGAAACGCUGUGGCAUUGUCACAUGACCACAAGCCAUACCAGCUGAAGGAGCGCAAGAGGAUCAAGAGGGCAGGUGAGUGGACCACCAGCAUGGGUCAACAGCACCACAAUGCUAUGGGGACGUUAAAAAGACGUGUUUGUGUCAAACCUAGCUAAACUCAACAGAGUGAAGUCACACAUUGGGGUGGGUUUUCUGGAUCAGAUUAACCUUAGUCCUGAACUUAAAAACACUUUGAAUGGAGAACUGCUUCUUAGUCCAGAACCAGGCUUAAUCUGUCCAGGAAACCUGCCCUUAGUGUUCAGCACAGAAACAAAACACACAUACCAUCUUAUUGGCUGUGGAAUGUAGUGCAUAACGUCAUGGCAACAUAAAAUAUUUCCCACACUUGAGCAGAUAGCAAUGGCACACUAGGAUGAAUCACUAGAAUGAAUUAGUGUCAAAUGGAGAGACUGCAGAAUUGCAGCCUUGACUCACCACCUGUUGGCCCUCUUUGGAAGUGCAAGAGGAGUUGAAUAUAUUACUUGCUCUGACAAAUGAUAGGAAUCACUGCUAUGCUGAGGUGGCUUUGGUAAAUAGAAUAUCUAUAGAAAUAUAGAUAUAAUGUCAUUUGACUGUGAUAGAGAAAUUCCCUUGCUCCGUUUGCACUUUUUUCUGUGUUGUUUUCCGUGUACACAAUCAAUGACAAAUGUCCCAGUGUGAGAUAAUAAAGUUACCGACAGUUUAAUCAAAGUGCAUUGCACUUCCAUCCCUUCACCACCAGGGGGCUUCAUCAGCUUCAACGGCUCGUGGCGCGUCCAGGGCAUACUGGCCAUGUCUCGCUCGCUUGGCGACUACCCCCUGAAGAACCUCAAUGUGGUCAUCCCUGACCCCGACGUGUUGACCUUUGACCUGGACAAGCUGCAGCCCGAGUUCAUGAUCCUGGCGUCGGACGGGCUGUGGGACGCCUUCAGCAAUGAGGAGGCGGUGCGUUUUGUGCGCGAGCGCCUGGACGAGCCGCACUACGGUGCCAAGAGCAUCGUGCUGCAGUCUUUCUACCGUGGCUGCCCCGACAACAUCACCGUCAUGGUGGUCAAGUUCAAGAGCGGCCCUGUGGGGAACAAGGCUGAGGAGUAG